AUGGUCCCGCCGCCCGCCGCGGCCGCGCCGGCGCCUCAGCAGCGGGGACCGCAGGCGGCGGCGGCGGCGGCCGCGCCCCGCAUGGGCCGGACGCGCGGGGCAGUGCCGGGGCCCGGGCGGGGGCCCUCGGCAUGCUUCGGGCGCGGCCGCGAGCCGGGCCGGACGCCGGACGCCGCCCCCGGCCUCGCCCCCUCCCGCCCGCGCGGCUCCGAGUCCGCCCCGACGACGCUCGCGGGCCUCGCGGCGGUCCCCGCGGCGCGACUCGGCGGCCCCUCGGCCCGGAGCGGACGGGCGCGGGUCCACGGAGGGCUCCCGCUCAGCAGCCGCCGCGGAACGGGGCCCGACCUCGGCCGCCGGGGCAGGUCUGGGCACGGCGCGGCCGACGCUGAGGCUGAGGCUGAGCCGCCGCCGCCGCCGCCCCAACUUACGUGUCACCCGCGGCCCCGCUCCGCGGGCCAGCGGGAUUCCGGGAGGAAGUCCCACUCGGGCUCGCCGCUGAUUGGGCCCGGCCGCGCCCCGCUCCCGCCCCCCGGGGGAGGCAGUGCCGCGGCCGAUUGGACGCCCGCCCUGUCUGUCCGACCUCCGGCCGUGGCCGCCCCCUUCUCGCGCGCACUAGCUCGGGCCAGGGGCCGAGUCUCUGGCCGCACCCACGUGCGGCGCGGUUGUGUGGGGACCCGCGGCGGCGGCGGCGGGGCCCGGGGCGGGGUUUGUCCCGACUUGGUCCCAACUAAGUGA